GGUAGAUUGCAUAACAUGACUAUUAUGUGUGUGAAUUAUCAAUUUGGCAUGUGUACACAAAUAAAAGUAUAUUAGAUUUCCAUUGAUUAGUUGUAUAUUCAUAAUAUCAAUGAUAAAUUAGAUAGAAAGCUUGUUGUUUCUUUCUCAUACAUGAACAGCAAGGAACCGUAAAAAGAAACAUACACAAAAUUGGUUCACUACACUCUGACGCCGUCAGUCAAAAUUUCACCAUCGUUACUCCACCGAUCUUCAUUUUUCUCUAUAAUAAACUUCUCGAACCUUCUUCACAGAGUUCCCGAAUUUCAUUUCAGAGUUUGAUCUACGUUUCAGUCUUCUAAAUUAGGGUUUCUACUCUCCUACGGUGACAACCAAGCGGCGAAGCUGAUGGCGGAACAGCCUCUCCCGUUCCAGGAUCAUGCAAUUCCGGUUGUCGACGACGACGAGGACUACACUGGUGGCGAUGAUACCAUGGAUGAAUUGGAGGAGGAGACGCAUGUCAAUUCAGUGAAAGCUUCAGCUAGUGCGAAUCACGACGGCGUCGUUUUGCCUAUAACCCGUACUGGUGAGCUCACUCUUUCUUUCGAGGGUGAGGUUUACGUCUUUCCCGCUGUCACACCUCAGAAGGUUCAAGCUGUUUUGCUGCUUUUGGGAGGACGUGAUACGCAGGUGCCUGCUGAUGAACAUCCAUUUGAUCAAAGUUAUAGGGGCAUGAGUGAUAUUACAAGGCGUCCGAAUCUUUCACGAAGAAUAGCCUCCUUGGUCAGGUUCCGUGAAAAACGCAAGGAAAGAUGUUUUGACAAGAAAAUUAGAUACACCGUGAGAAAAGAGGUGGCAGAAAGGAUGCAUCGAGAGAAGGGACAGUUUGCAUCUGUGAAGCCAAGCCCUGGUUCCUCUAAUUGGUAUUCUGCACAGGGUGCCGGUCAAGAUGGCACUCCUAAUCCUGAAACUCUGCGUAGAUGUAAACAUUGCGGAGUCAAUGAAAAUAAUACUCCUGCAAUGCGCCGCGGACCAGAUGGACCGAGAACUUUAUGUAAUGCGUGCGGGCUCAUGUGGGCCAACAAGGGGACACUCAGAGAUCUCAGUAAGGGUGGAAGAAGUCUUUCUGUUGAGCAAAGUGGUCUGGAUCGUCCUAUUGAUGUCAAGCCUACUAAUCUUGAAGGGGAAUUGUCUGUCAUCAGAAAUGAACAAGUAAAACUCUUUCACAUAUUGCAAAUUCAUUCACAGAUCUACAAUUUUAGUUCUAUUUGCAUAAAACUUUUAUGGCCUCUUCAGGGUAUUUCUGAAGAUCAUCCUUCCAAGGCCAUUGGUGCUGAAGGUUUGAAUAAUAACGCAUUUAAUCCAAGUGAUGAGGAAUUACCUGUAUCUGCAGAGCACUUAGCAAGCACACUGCCAUCGGUGAUUGAUCAUUCUUCGGAAAAUGAUGAUGAGCAGGAACCCCUUGUCGAGCUUUCUAAUCCUUCAGAUACAGGAAUGUCUAAUCCUUCAGAUACAGAUAUUGACAUUCCUGGAAACUUUGAUUAGAAGUACUAAGUAAUUCAUUAUGUGGGUGUUUUAGACAAUGGUCAAUUUGUAGAAUAUUCUUCAUGUAGAUAUGGGAUGCAGCUCUAGAAGCAGUGAUAUCAGACAAUUUGGACAGUUGGGUUAUGUUAGUCUUACUGUAUGUAACAGCGAAAUGAAGUGGUAAUCCUACCAAAGGUGGAGAAGCUCUGCUCUUCCAGCCUGACAUUAAUUAUUCUGCAAUGUUGAUGCUGGUAGAAGUGUCAAAUAUUGUUUGUGUAAAAAUUAUUUGACUAUCUGUAAAUAAGAUGAUGUCUGAUUGGCUGACUUCGACGAUUGAGAUCAAAGCUUUACUACAUGAAAUUUAGAGAUAAAACUUUGGUGAUAUGUUAUGCCAUCCAAACGAUGGAUCUCUAGUGUGCUAGUGCCCACAAUUGCUGAAGCUUCCAAACUUGUGCUGCUGAAGAGAAGAACAUUCAGAUGCUUCUUACAAAUAGACAUGUUUCAAACUGUUGUAAAAUGUACAUGUACAUAUAAAUAAAGACUAGCUUGUUUUCUUUUCUUCCUUUA